AUGAAUAAAGAAUUAACUCGUAAACGUUCUAGAUAUCAUAGUCAUAAAAUUGACAAAUUUUUAUUACAAGAAUAUGAACAUCGUAAAAAAGAAAUUCAAUUAUUAUUAAUUGGUCUACCGAAUUCUGGUAAAAAUACAUUUUGUAAACAAAUGCGUUUACAUUUUGGUGAUGGUUUCCCUAUAUCAUAUCGUAAUGAAAUGAAAUCAACAAUAUUAGCUAAUACCACUGAUGCUAUUGCUAUGGUUUUAGAAUAUAUGAAAGAUGCUAAUAUAACUUUUUCAGAUAUAUUGGCACAUAGACUUCAAGAAUAUUUAGUGAAUAGUCGAUCAGAAAAUGGAUGGAUAACCAAAGAUUUCAUCAUAUUCGAUGACAAAUACACAGCUACUACUACUAAUAAUAAUAAUAACAUGGAUUAUCAUAAUCUCCAACGUCAAGAAUCAUCAUUUAAAACCAAUCUGAAUCAUGUCACCGAUCAUUUAACUUCCCCCUAUGAUUAUGAUCAUCAUUCUAUAACAACUAGUUCCAGUUUACCAAGUAUUACAAUGUCAACAUCAUUAAUUCCUUCAUUUAAUGAAUCUAUUCAAUCAAUUAGUCAACAAUAUUUAAGUAGUAUAAACAUACCUUCAAAUAAAAUUCAUCAUUUAACUACAGAAACUAAUGACUCUUGUAUACAUUCUUUAUUACAUACUACUACUACUACUACUACUACUACUACUAACAGUAGUAGCAUGAUGCCUAUCAAUACUACUAUCACUACUACUAGUAGUAGUAUGAUGCCCAUCAAUACUACUAACACUACUACUACUACUACUACUAGUAUUGGUAAUACCGAUAGUAUAACUGAUUCUAUUGUUGACAAAUUCCUAUCUUAUGUACACGAAAAUAAUUCUAUUCCACCAUCAGUAUUUAAAAAAUUCGAAUCAAUUAUCGGUAUUAAAUCUAUGGAGAAUUGGCGGGAUAUUAUUGAAAAUAAAACCCUAUUACAUCAUCUAAUUCAUGUAUUACUACAAAGUGGUAUUGAUAAUUGGUCAUCAUUUUUAAUGUAUCAAUCUGGGCCGGCACCACCACCAGCUCCAACAACAUUACCUCCAUUAUCAGUUGAAGAUGAAUUAUUAAAUUAUAUUGUUAUGAGUGAUAGUCAUGAUACUUCAGAAGAUGGUGACGACGAUAAUGAUCAUGAGAGAGAUGCUACUGAAAGUGGAUUAGUCAAUUCUUCAAAUUCUUCUUUAGUAAGAACUUUAGUUAAAAGUACUUCUUAUACUGGAGAUAUUGACGUAUUUAUCAACUAUGACGAAGAUGAUGAUGAUGAUGAUGACGAUGGUGAUGAUGAUGAUGAUGAAGAAACAAGAAAUAAUGUGAACGAGGAUUUUAAUAAUUUAGUUGGGAUUAAAACAGAAGAUGGUCUCGUUUAUAAAUCAAUUAGAAAAUUAUCAAUCAAUACAAGACGUAGAAAUAAAAGUUUAGAUAAUAAAUUAGCUUCAUUCAAUUCUUAUAUAAACCAUAAUUAUAUAGAAUUAAAUAGUCAUUUUAAUUUAUUAAAAUUAUCAAUGGAUCAAUUAAAUGAUCUUAAUUAUUUAAAAAAACAUAAAAUUUCAUUAAAUUCAUUACAAAUUAUAAUGAAAAUUAUAACAGAUCAAAUUGAAUUUCGUAAUAUAUUUAUUAAAUUAUAUUCAAUAUUAGAAGAAAAAUCAUAUUCUGGUUUAUAUUUCAUCAAAUGUAUAGAUCGUAUUAUUCAAGAUGAUUAUAUACCUACAUUACAAGAUUUAUUAAUUAUGAAACAAUCAUCAAAAGCUGUUAGAGAAUCACUUAUCUCUAUUGGAUCAAUCACUUUAAGAACAAUUAACCUUGGUGAACAAAGUGAACAUUUAAAUAAACAAUUUCAUUAUUUUGAAUCAGUCAAUAUGAUUUUGUUUUUUAUAUCACUUGAAGAUGUUUAUCGUUUCACAUAUAUUCAAGGGAAUAAAAUUAUUCAUCAUCCAUCAUUUAAAUUAUUUGAAGAUGUAAUUCAUUCACCAGAUUUAACUAAAAAAGACAUAAUUGUAUUUUUAAAUAAAUAUGAUAAAUUAAAAGUACUCAUUACACAAUACAAUAAUAAUAAUAAUAAUAAUAAGGAUCAUGUGGAUAAAAUAGAUUGGAAUACCUUUAUUCAAAGGAUCAAAUCUAAUCUUAUUGAAUUAUAUAAUAAUCAUAAUAAAACAUCACGUUUAUUAUUUCAUAUAACAUGUUUAUUAGAUAUAGAUAAAAUGAAAUGGAUUAUUAAUGAUUCUAUACGAACUAUUAUAGAAAUUAAUCGAAAACGUCAUUUAAUUUUUUAAAUAAAUAAUCAUUACUCUCUUUUUUUUUGUUUUUUUUUAAUUUUUAAAAAAAUUUCUUUAGUUUUUCUUUUUUCCAAUUUUCUCUUUUCCUCUUUUUUCUUUUUCCCUAAUUUUCUUCCUUUUCCUUUUCUUUUUUCCAAUUUUUUCUUUUUUCUAAUUUUCUUCCUUUUAUUUUUUUAUUUUUUCCAAUUCUUUCUUUUUCUCGUUUUUCUUUUUUAAUUUUCUUCCUUUUCUUUAUUUUCUUUUUCUUUUUUCCAAUUUUUUCUAUUUCUCGUAUUGUCUUUUUUUUCUAAUUUUCCUCCUUUUCUUUCUUUCAAAUUUCCUUCUUUUCUUUUUUCUAAUUUUUGCUUUUUUUCUUUUUUCCUAAAUUUCUUUCUUUUCUUUUUCUCUUUUUACUUUCUCUCAAUUUUUCUUUUCUUUUUUCUUUUUCCCCCCCGGCCUUAUUAUUUACUUUUAUUUAAUGUUUUAUUGAACAUUGAAUAAUAUUGAAUGUGUGUAUGAAAGCAGAUAAACAAAAAUGAAUAAAUAAAUAAAUAAAUAAAUCAGUUUAUAUGUCAAUUUAAUUUGAAUUUUGUUUUAUUAAAUUGAUAUUUGAAUGUUAGAUUUGGGUUUCUUAAACUAUUCUCAUAACCCCUUUUUUUAAGUUAAGUCUACAUGGUGACUUAGAAUAUGACAGAAGAAAGUGUGAACUAUUGGAAGUAAUACUUUAAUUCAAGAUUUGUUUAUGGAUAGAAAAUUUAUGUUAUUAAUAACAGUUUAGAUGGGUUUGAGGUUCUGUAGAAUUGUAUAACACUACUUUACUGUUAGGAUAUUCACAGGAAUAUCCCAAAAUUAUCUUGAAAGUAAAGUCGUAUGUUUCCAGACUCUUCACAUAUUUCGCAUGUUAUUUUCUAUUGGUCAAUUUUUACAGUUGUCCUAACCAUGACUUUCACGUGUCGUUUUCCUAUUGGUCAAUUUUGAGUUGUCCUAAUUAUAACCUUUACGUGUCCUCUCUUUCCAUUGGUUACUGUUCAUAGUCAUUUUAACUGUAUAAAUAUGCCUUGUCUGUAAACCAUUUUCGUUCUGCUGCUGACCCCAUAAACAAAUCUCAUUUAACGGCUGUGUUCUGAUUUAUUGGAGUUGGGGAAAAAUAUUGGGGUCG